AUGGCAAUACCUCAGUACCUUCAAGAUUCUGUAGCUAUUGACUAUUGUACAUUGUCGUGGCCGGAUAGGGUCACCAAGAAACCAUCAAGGAUUCUUCAUAGACUGCCAGCAGUCCACGUUAGUACCCGAUCUGGGACAAGAGCUGUUUGCCGGUUCUCUGAUGGGCUCCAGUAUCUCGGCCUCGUGGAGUUGGCGUGUGACGUUACUGAGAGCUCUGCUGGAACAACGGCCUCACCGGAGUGGAGAUGGAAUAGGAGCCCUGCCGCAGAAUGUGACGUGGAGCCAAAAGCCAGAGUAAACUGCGGUUAUCCCGGAAUCUCACCGGCCCUCUGCGAGGAGAGAGGAUGCUGCUUCAACUCCCAAAUAUCUGGUGUCAUCUGGUGUUUCCACUCUAAAUCGGAAGAUUGUGCCCUCUAGAUGUUAACAUCGUCCUUCCGUCCAAUUGCUUGCACUUUCUGAUCUACCCCACCAUCUCCACAAUUAUACAUUGAAUGAAGACGCCAUGGCCUAAGGUUACCGCUAGAGAUGAGCGAACUUACAGUAAAUUCGAUUCGUCACGAACUUCUCGGCUCGGCAGUUGAUGAC